AUGGAAGCAUUUGGGCAGCUACAUCAACAAAUGACAACAUGGGAAGCUGACAGGGAAGCCAAAAGGAGAGAACAUGCACGAGAAAUUGAAGAAAUUAACAAGGCAAGGGCGGCUGAUAAAGAAGAGCUUAGGCGAGAAAUCCUAUCAAUGAUGCAAACAGCAAAUGGACAAGGACCACCUCAGCAGCCAAACAACAAUGUCGUUGCAUCUGCAGAGGUGGCGGCGGCUGCAUCAAACAUGAGUACCCCUUCGGCUAGAAAAAAUAGAAAAGUCAACACCCGCUCCCUUCUAUUCCCUGCCGCGCUGGGCUCCCGCCGCCGGCCCUCCCUCGAGCUCCCGCCGCCGGCCCUCCCUCUGAGCUCCCGCCGCUACCCCUCCGUCGAGCUCCCGCCGGUCGCGCCGUACCUUGAGCUCUCGCCGCCGUCGACCGCGCUACCCUCUGGAUCUGGCGGCCGCGGCUGGCGCCCUGCUGCGGCGGCGCGCGGUGAACGCCAUCCCUCUCCUGCGCGCGCGGCACCACUCUCCUCCGCGUGCGGCGCCGCCCUGCUCCUCAUGCGAGAGCCCCGCCGGAAGCGGACUCUACGUGGCGGCCCUCCCCGCCCUCCCCGCCAGCAGAGCUUCUCGAGCUCAGAGGCGGUGGAUGCGGGGACCGCCCGCCCGCAGCGCCUUGUCUCCCACCACCGCCUACCGGGGACCGCCCGCUGCCCACCGCCGAGCUACUCUCGCGUCAACAGCCGAGCGCUCCCAGCCACGCCGCCGAGCACCGAGCUCUCCCAGACCCGUCCUCGGACCUCGCCGCCGCUCCCUGCCUCGGCCUUGGGCCUUCUCGCCGUCGCCCCGAUGCGCGCCGGUGGUGGCCUCCGCGCGGCCGAGGGCGCACGCUGGUGGUGGCCCCUCGGGGCACACACGGGAGGAGGGAGGGGGAACGGAAACGGAGGAGAGGGAGGUAGAAGACAACAGCGGGACCCGCAUGGAAGUGAGAGAAGUUAG